UCUUGAGGGCGGCGCAGCCCGACGGAGUCUGUGAGAGGGAUCCGCCUGGGCGCUGCUGUUGCGGCCGUGAGGUGACUCGAGGGGGCCGGGGCCAGGUGGAUAACCAGUCUUUCAGAUGGCAGAUAACAGUAAAACAGAAGAUGCUCCCUCUGAUUCUGUGGAAGCUGCUAAAGGUACAGGAGACAAAAAAGAAAAGCUAGCAGAUCAGGUGAUGCAGAAUCCACAAGUCUUGGCAGCUUUGCAGGAACGGCUUGACAAUGCACCUCACACUCCUUCCAGUUACAUUGAAACCUUACCAAAAGCAGUAAAACGAAGAAUUGAUGCCUUGAAACAGCUGCAGGUGAAAUGUGCCCACAUAGAAGCUAAAUUUUAUGAAGAAGUUCAUGAUUUAGAGAGAAAAUACGCAGCCCUUUACCAGCCUCUUUUUGACAAGAGAAGGGAUUUUAUCACUGGUGCUGCUGAACAAACAGAUGCCGAGGCAGAAUGGCACAGUGAAAAUGAAGAAGAGGAAAAACUAGCUGGAGAUCUGAAAAAUAAAGUAGUAAUAGAAGAAAAAGAAGCAGGUGCAGCAGAAGAAACAAAUCCCAAAGGAAUCCCAGAUUUUUGGUUCACAAUAUUUAGAAAUGUAGAUAUGCUGAGUGAAUUAGUACAGGAAUAUGAUGAGCCAAUUUUGAAGCAUCUGCAGGAUAUCAAAGUGAAAUUUUCUGAGCCAGGGCAGCCUAUGUCUUUCACAUUAGAGUUCUACUUUGAGCCCAAUGACUACUUUACUAAUACACUUCUGACAAAAACCUACAAGAUGAAAUCAGAACCGGACAAGACAGAUCCUUUUUCAUUUGAAGGCCCUGAAAUUGUUGACUGCGAGGGAUGUACUAUUGAUUGGAAAAAAGGAAAAAAUGUUACUGUUAAAACAAUAAAGAAGAAACAGAAACAUAAGGGGCGAGGCACUGUCCGAACAAUUACUAAACAAGUACCCAAUGAUUCAUUCUUCAACUUCUUCAGUCCAAUAAAAGGUAAGGGGGGAGAUGGCGAAUCACUGGAUGAAGAUUCAGAGUGUACUUUAGCUAUAGACUUUGAAGUUGGGCACUUCUUCCGUGAAAGAAUAGUGCCCCGUGCUGUACUGUAUUUCACUGGGGAAGCUAUAGAAGAUGAUGAUAACUUUGAAGAAGGAGAGGAAGGAGAAGAAGAGGAAUUAGAAGGUGAAGAAGAAGGAGAGGAGGAGGAAGAUGCGGAAAGUGAACCCAAGAAAGAUGCCAGCCAGCCUGCUGAGUGCAAACAACAAUAAGGAAAUACCACUCCAAAGUGAUAUUUGAAGAACCUGUAACAAAUAUUUGGAUACCUGGCCUGCAGUUCAGGAUAUUCCAUUGCUGCAGCACAAUCUUAUUAACAAUGCUUAAAAUUAAAUUGUUUUCAAAUGCAUGAUUUUCACUAACUUUUUUUCUUAUUUUUGCUUAACUUGUACAGUGGCAACUUAAUGCAUUUGAGAAAUAUGAGGUUUAAUUAAAGCGCACUCUACAGCCUUUGGUACACUGUAGCUUAAUUGUCUCAAUAGGAUUUCCAGAUUUUUUUUUUUUAAAUCCAGUUUGCCAUUCAGAAAACUUGUCUUUGCUUCAGAGUACUUUUUUUCUAAAUAUUGUGGAAUGGUGCACAUGAGAAUAUAUUAAAUGAAUGAAGUACUGUCACGGAAAUGAGGCAACGUGAUUUCUGCUAGCCCCAAAUCCCUUUAAAAAUAACACUUCCUGCAACCUGUCAAUCAGACAAGUACUUGCAGGCAGCUUAAAAUAUUGCCAUCAGGCAGUUAAAUUUGAAGUAACAUUUCCUGUAUCUUCUUCAAAGGAGGUGGCGGUGGUGGCAUUUGAAAUACUUUUGUUGUUCACUUUAUUUAUUCUCUUUUGUAAGUACUUUGAAGUAGGUUUUAAUAGUUUUACAUAUACUUGAAAAAUAUUUUUCCUGUUUAUAAAAUAUGGAUAAUUGUACAAGGAAAACUCAGAAUCUGCUUCAAACGGUUGCUUUGAAUAUCAAAAUGGGAAAGGAGUGCUCUUAGGACAGGCCUCAUGGUUCAGUGAUUGAUGGUGGGUUGCAGAGCAAGAAUGUAUCACGAGUAAGUAUACCCACACAAUGAGGAAGUCAUUGAAUUGGAAAAACAAAUUCAAAUCUUGGUGAGUUCAUAGUCAUUACUUGCAAUACUCAGAUUGUUCUGUUGCACACUUCUAUGGUUUUUGCAGCUCAGAAAUCCUUCAGAAUUCUGUUCAAAAUUGCAGGUUCACAUUUCUUUAAGUAUACAAUGCCAGCUUCCGGGAAAAAGUUUAGUACUAGCAUCUGUGUGAAUGCUGUUACCAGGCAUGUAGAGAGUGCUCUAGCCUUACCUUAUACAUU